AUGGUGAGAGCAGAUACACUUUCGAGACUGUUACCAAGGGAGGGAGACGAAAUCCCUGGAAUGCAAGUGAAAAUUCAUCAUCUGGUGGAGUUCUCAGCUGUCGAGCUCCAACAGAUAAAAGAAGAAACUACUAAAGAUGGAACUCUUCAAAUGCUCAGCAAGCAAGUUAUACAAGGGUGGCCUGAUAGCAUAAAGAAAACUCAACAAGCAAUAAAGCCUUACUGGAAUAAUCGAGAUGAUAUUUCUAUUAAAGAAGUGAGUUCUACUAUUAGGUAGUAGAAUAAUUGUCCCAAAAUCAUUCCGGCAGAAGAUAAUGCAAGAAAUCCACAGUGGUCAUGAAGGGAUGGAGAAAUGCAAACUCCGCGCAAAAUCGUGCGUCUAUUGACCUGAUAUAAAUAAAGAGAUUGAGAGUAUGAUGGCGUGCUGUUCUGCCUGCAAUAGAUUCCACAAUUCUCAGCAGAAGGAGCCCAUGAUUCCUAGUGAAGUACCGCCAAGACCAUGGGAUACUGUGAGCGCAGACCUGUUCAAGGUAAAUAAUUUCUGGUACACACCGGGUGUCCCAAAAAAAACUUGCUCUGUUUGAUUUAAUGUAACAUAAAAACUAUAAAGACUAUUGCACUCAAAUAAGAUAUAUUGUAUUCAGAAAGUGCUAACUUAGAUUUUGAUAUAUAACACUUGAAUAUCCGUGCAAUAUUUCCUGAGCUAUCGAUGUUUUAAAUCGAAUAAGCAUAUUUGACAUGCAAUGUUAAAAAUUUGGAUAAAAUUGCCUAUCAAAUAUUAGGAACUGGUCAUAAAGUAAAAGAGGGGGGUGGGCUGGGAAAAAUAGGGAGUGGGUUACUAUUUUUGAGCAUGGUUGAAAGGGUGGGUCAUCGAAAGUUAAGUGCAAUCAUAAGGGUGGGCCAUGUAAAAACAUGCAGAAAUUUUUUCAAGGGCAUGUGAUGUGUAUUAAAAUUCAUAUUAUAAAAAUAAAAAUAAAACGUUUAUCAGGAUCCAUGUGUAAAAUUUAUACCGCAAAUGUUAACCUCAAACUUAAAAGCUGAAUUUACUGUCUUGGCUAAUACGUUAGUGGUGGCUAACUAAUUUUCUGAUAAUCAUUAUUGCUAAAUGUCAUGAGCAUUGUGUAGGAUGUUUAUUAUGUAACAAAAUUAGUGUAAUUUCUACAAGAGCGUACUUAAAUCACAAUAAUCGUUAGCGGUUUGGCGUUUGCUGUAAAUGUCAAACUAAGGGUCUCUAAUUAUGAGAAAGAUACUGCAUAAUGCAGUAUGCAUGGGAAGUUCCAUGCAAAGAAAGACCUUUCUGUACUUAAUUCAAGGCCUCUUUCAACAUAUAGACUGGGGAGGACAUGUCCCCCAGCCUUGUUACUGGUCCCUCCAGUCGGCAAUUUUGUUGUCCCCCCCCCCCCACCACCACCACCACCAGAGAGGUCCCUAAGAACAACCUGCAGGAGGUGGUCAACCAGAAAUUAUGUAUGAAAGUGAGAAAACGAUGUUAAGUUGUUAACAUUUCUGAAUUUGUCCAACAUCUGCAGGCCCGUAACUAGCUAUGAGUCCACCGAGUCAUUUGACUUGGUAGGCCAGAAUUUCGGGACUGAAUUUAAACAUCGCCAGAAACCUAAACCAUUACUAAAAUAAUUUUAGGACGAUAUUCUAGUUUAGUUUUUCCAAGCAAAGAUACUCCAAAGAGACCACCCUAUCUUGCUCUUCAGUGAAACUGAGAAGACAAAUGCGUUUAUUUCAAGUACCCCAAUGCAUGUAAUACAGUACUGUAGAAUUUGAAGUGUGGUGAAUGAUAAUACUAUACCACACACAUUUUAAUUAUCACAUCAUCACACCAUGUUGCCUUAUUGGUACUGGAUUACAUUUGGGAGACUGUGAAAUUGGAGUAAUUGUGUCACUGUUUAUAAGGUUAAUUUCUUGUUGGAAAACUCCUCAAAUGUGGGAAAUAGUUUAUCUGAGCUUCAAGAAAUCCAAAAUUUUCUGGGGGUAUGCCCCCAGAUCCCUCUAGAAGCUCGCACCUUGGGUGGUCGACUCGGUUGUCUCAGAAUCCUAGUUACGGCCUGAUCUGCUGCCCUAUGACAUAUACUUUAAUUAAACCAUGCAUAUAUAUGCUGGUAGUUGCUGUGAUACAGACUUGCUGACUGGAACUUCUCCAGGUCUCCCGCUAAAUAUGUUCUCUCCAGUUACACAUGUAUCCUUAAAAGAGGCCCUGAAUUUUAAUUGCACCAUUUGAAUAGCUAUUGAGUAUUGUAACACACUGAAUUAUUUGGCAACAGAAAAAUUGAACGUUGGUAUUUUUCGCGUUUCUGAAAGGGUGGGUCAUAAUUUUUCAGCACCAAUUUAAGGGUGGGCCACAAAUUCUCGUGCAGCUCUUAAGGGGUGGGCUACCAAAAGUGCAGACACCAAAUAUACGAUUUUCCCAGCCCCCCCCCUUUUACUUUAUGACCGGUCCCUUAUUUGGUUAAAGUUGAUUAUAUAGUUUUAUUGUGGUCAAAAGAACGAAUUAAAAACAUAAUUGUAGGAUAAACAUUUAUUCAUUCAUCAUAGAAAGUAUGUCCUUUUUCACGUAUACAAUAGACGGUUUUACAUAACAAGACGCGGACGUCAAGAGGACGUGAAAAUGACGUGUGCACCUCGCGUUCACUUCCGGGUUUUAAUCUGGGACGGCUUGUUUGUCUUUCUCGAAGCAAAUUUUUGUUUUCUUGUUACCUGUUCAUUCCUGUAUUGUUUUCAAUCAGUUGGCAAGAUAUGUGCAAGAAAAGGCUAUAUAAUACUGGCCAAGUGUUUCCUGAUGAAUUAGUAUGAACAUUCAAUAAGUUUUUUUUAGGAAAAAACGUAUAUUUCGGUAUUUUGAAAAGUGAACUUUGUUGCAUCAUUUGGAAUAAAUACAAUAGCUGCAGGUAUUGUUUACGAGAUAAAUGCUUUAGUUUGUAGCCUAUUCAAUCAAUUUUGUCAACUGUUCAGUAUAAAUAUAGCAUCAGUGUUUAUAUUGAUAAAAUUCAAUACUGUUUACGAUAGUUUUUCACGCUGGAAAGAGUUUUUUUGCUUGUCCUACAAACUAAAAUUGAUUGAGUUUUUGCUGCAUUUAAGUGCUUUUAUUUUUCUAUUUUCCCUCGUUUUCCUGAUUUUAAACAGUUGUUAAUAUAACUUCAGCUUAGUUUGUUCUAUAAUAUUUGUUUUGGUGAAGAUUACUAGCGGUAUUGAAGUGGUUAUUAGCAAUGCUUGCAGUUUUGUUUAUUUGUUUAUGUCGACCGAAAGUAUUUGUUGAAAAUCAUCUCGUCCAAAAUUUAGCGAAAUACAAGAAAAACAAUCUUUUCAAUGGAAAAAAUUUAGCUAGUAUCAUUAAACAAUGCAUGGGGAACAAAAUAGGAUGAUUUUUAUUAUGCAGAGUCUCAUAUUUUUUUCAGAAGAAGCAAAAAUCUGUGACGUUCUAGAGAGGACGUGAAAAUUGUAUGUUCGCGUCGUGAAAUCGUCCAAGACGGCCUCGCAAAUCAGAAGCAGACGAUAGUUGGCGCCAAAUGACGACAUCCACGUCCUCUUGACGUCCGCGUCUUGUUAUCUAAAACUGUCUAAUGUCUUGCACGGGAAACCAUAAAACUCAAACUCUUUGAUCUUUUGUUAAUCGAGACAUAUUCGAAUGGCGAACGACGACCAACUAACUUUAUAAUACGAACUCUCACGGACGUCAAAUAUGCUUUCGAACGUUUUUAAAUGUUUCAUGCUUAUUUCAAGAAACACGACAGGUUAAGUUAUACUAGGACAUUGCCCGAAAUGAAAGUUGAGUUGAAAUACUGAAAUUGAAAUUGUUAGUUUUUGUGGAAAAUGGCAAUUUGUUUUCAUAUAAAUUUGAUCAGCCAUGUUUCUGGAUUUUUACUCAUUUUUAAAGCGUGCGCCACAUUCAAACGUUUGUAUCUCACGUAAUAUUACAUGAAGUGUUUAAGGCUAUAUAUCAAAAUCUAAGUUGGCCUUUCCUCAAUACAAUAAAACUUAUUUUAGUGUAAUGGCUUUUAUAGCUUUACAUUACAUGAAAUCAAACACCGCAAGUUUUUUUGGGACACCCGGUAGUUAUCGCUGACUAAUACUCGAAGUUUCCAUUCGUGAAGAAUUUGAAUAAUCUAACAGCAACCACAUGUGGUUAGAUCAAUAUUUUCUGAGCAAGGCAUACCAGAAACUCUGAUUUGUGAUCAUGAAACCCAAUUCACUUCUGUCCAAUUUCAAGACCUAGCGAAGAGAUAUGGUUUCAGAGUGGUGACUUCGUUACCGUACUACCCAAAGGGACAUGGCUUCAAAGAAUCCGGAACUGAUCCUAGUCUUAAUUUCAUUGCUGUCCUUACGUUCUGCACUGUUAAGUACAACACUCAAAUCUCCAGCAGAGCUACUAUAUGGAAGAAUGUUCAAGACAACAUUACCAGUAAAGAUUCCUACAUCAAACGAUCGGCACGAAACCAGAGACUUGUUAUUAACACAACAAAAGAAACAAAUCAGUCUCAAUAA